AUGACGUCGAAAAUGGCGAAAAACUCUUCUAAAACAACGAAGAAAGUCGAAAAACCAAAGAAAACUCCCGAAGAGCUCAAGAAAAUCGCCGCUCAAAGGGAGAAAUUCCGUCAAGAGCUUCUGAAACAUAAGGAAGCGUACAGAAAGACGAUGAAUUUGGUGGAGAAAUAUUCAGAGGACAAGUUUGAAGUGGAGGAGUUUCUAGAUGAUUUAAGGUGGAUUGAUCCGACUUUUUAUCAAGACAUUGUCGAAGAGAGAAGUGGCAAUAAUGUAUGCGGUUAUGCUUUGUGCGGAGAAAGAGUGAACGCUCAUUCCGGCAAAUACCGCAUCUCAUGCAGCUUCAACAAAGUCUUCGAAGUGGACGAGCGGAACAAGUAUUGUUCUGAUGUUUGUUACCGCCGCUCUACUUUCGUCGCGUUCCAGCUCGACGAAUCUCCUCUCUGGCUCCGCGACGAGAAGAAAGCGAACGGGAAGAACGAAAUUGAGCUGCUCUGGGACGACAUUGGGCUUCCUGGAACUGAAAUAGUCUUCGAAAAUAUCGAGUGCGCAGAGCAUGUCUUUGGCAGCGAUACUGGAGGGCCGCAAAACACUGACGAUUUAUUAGCGAAUGUUAUGGAAGAUUUGCAAAUCAUAUCCGGAGUGCCGGAGAAACAGCCUGUCAAAAUCGAAGAAAAGAAAGCGGGAACAGAGGAAAAUGUAGAUUUGAGAAGCAUCUAUUUGAAGUUCAUAAGCAAAUGGCUCAAAUCUGUCAGAACUUUUGAGUUGUCGACUUAUCUAGGAAGUGGAUCCGCCGAAGAAGAGCUUGACUCUGACGACGAGGAACUUCCAGAAGAAAUGAAAAAGUUUGUUCCAAAGUCAAACCGGAAAGAAAUUAUCAAGGAAAAGAAACAGAUUCCCUCCUUUGCGGAGCUCUCGGAUGAAAUAAACCGGCUCAGAAUUCAUGAAUACCUGAAUCCGAGAAUAUUGGAGUCGGAGAAAGUCGCCGGGGCGGCAGCGAUAAAGCCGAAUGUCGAUGUAAAGCAAGAGCAGAUUUUAGUACUUAUUCAAAAGUUCAAAAGCGCCUUCCAUUCGGAGAAACUCCUCAUCAACCAAAUGAUAUUUGAAAAAAUCAAAAAAGAAAUGAAGUUUCUCAUGAAUAAAAUGAAGCUCUCCGGUGAACUUGUAGCUAUUCGACCGGGCACAGAAGCUACAAUCCUGCUUUUCCUCUUCUUGAGUCUUCUAGCGCUGAGGGAUGAAGAACUCGCGCGCACCCUGGCCAAUCACAAGACGGAGAUCGACGAGUCAUUGAGAGACAAGGCGGGAAUCGUACUUGAUGAUAUAAAAUUAUGUAUACGCAACGAUCUAAUGCUCAGAACAGUGUGUUCCCGUUCCGUCCGCGCCGUGGCAAUUCCGACAAAGCCCGCUUACCGCGACUUAGAUCCUGAAACUCGUGAGCUCUACAAAAAGAUCAUCCGCGUUGAUCACGCUGGUGAAAGAGGUGCCGACGUUAUUUACAACGGCCAAUACGAUGUUUUAAAAAACACGGAUGCUGGGCCUAAAAUCAAGGAAAUGUGGGACCAAGAGAAGGAGCACCUUGCGGCUUUUGAGAAGCUUUUGGUGACUCAUCGAACGGCUCCUACUGUUUUGUUGCCUCUUUGGGACGUUUUAGGAUACGCUGUUGGCGCUGGAACAGCCAUGAUGGGGAAAGAAGCCGCCAUGGCAUGCACCGUAGCCGUAGAAGACACGAUAAUCGGCCACUACAACGACCAGAUUCGAGAAUUGCUCAAACGCGAUCCUCAACAACACGCAGAAAUGAUCAAGCUUCUUUCGAAGUUUCGCGACGAGGAGCAAGAACACCACGAUAUCGGCCUCGACGAAGGCGCAGAGCAAGCACCUGCGUAUAAACUUUUAACCAGCGCGAUUAAAUUGGGCUGCAAAGUUGCUAUUACUGUUUCUGAAGAAAUCUGA